GUCCGUAUAUAAAGUGAGGACGCAGAGGGCUAAUUCGGUUCGGGGCGUUUUCCUCGUCCGCGCGCCGCUCUGCCCCGCCUCCCAGGUGAGCUGCCUCAGGCUGCCUUGGGGAGGACGUUGGCCGGUUGGAGCCCGCCAGAUUGGGUCCUUAGUGGCUGAAGUUUUCAGCAGCAUCUUGGAUUUUUUUUUUUUAAUUCUAGAUUUGGCAUUCAACACUGAAAUCAUCAUGAACCUCUUCCAACUCCUGAGGAAAAAGAAGGAACUUAUUCCUUUGGUGCUGAUGAUGACCACAGCAGCGGGUGGAGCUUUGGCUUUUGCAGUAUAUUCCCUUCAAAAGACUGAUGUGAUCAUUGAUCGGAAAAAAAAUCCAGAACCUUGGGAAACUGUGGAUCCUAAUGUACCUAGCAAGCUUAUAACAAUCAACCAACAAUGGAAGCCCAUUGAAGAGUUGCAGAAGGUCCGAAGGGCCACCAAAUGACCAGCUCUUGCUUCUUUCUUCCAAAGAGUACUCUAUGAAUCUAGUGGAAACAUUUCUGCACAAACUAGAUUAUGGAUACCAGUGUGCGGAAAUGCUUCUGCUACAUUUUUAGGGCUUGACUACAUUUUUGGACUCUGGAUAGGAAUUAUAAAGGUAGUGCAGCAAUAACCACGCAGUUCAAAAAUAAGUUUGUGUUUAUUUUCUUGUAAAUUUAAUGUUGCAUAUUGAAAUUUUUAUGUUUAUGAUGCCUGAAUAUUUUCCUAAAGUGUGUAAAGAUUUGUGAACUAGAUUGUCUAUAAUAAAAUACUAUUUGUGCAA